AUGGCAACAGCGUUCGCUUCUUCUCGUUGUGCAAAGUGCAAGGAAGUGGUGGGCUAUGGGCCUGAGUGUUUUUCAUGUAGUGGCAAAUUUCAUUUCGGCUGUAGUGGAAUCACGGAGAGGGUAUUUGAAAGACUUGAGCAAAAUAAGAAGAAUUGGUCGUGUUCAUCAUGCCGCGAGAAUAAACCUAAACUUGCUCCUAUUUCAAAACAAUUGAGCCAAGGGAAAGAUCCAAUACAAAAUAUAGAUGUUGAUUGUGGAUUGGUCAUGGGUAAGGCAGUGAAGUUAAUAUUGGCAAAGAUAUCCAGCCUCGAGACACAAUUCGCCGCUUUCCAAUCAUUGCAGACGAAUAUUAAACAAGUAGUGAACGAUAUAGCAGAGUUGAAAACCAUAUUAGACUCAAGAAUCGAUGAAGUCACCAACAAAGUAUCCGAUAUCGACUCCAGGGUAUCCUUGCUAGAAGUCGCGAAGAAAGACGUCACAGACUUAAAGGCUACCGUCACUGAAUUGCUAGAGAGAGACGAUCUAAUCUCCAAAUAA